UCUACAUAUUCUCCUUCUCCUUCAAACUUCUUCACAGAUCGUCCUCCUGAGGCAAAAGAAGAAUAAGCAAAUAGAGAAAACUGUAAGCAUGUUUAUUCACACUAUUUGCCGCUGUUUGCCUGGCGAUGGAGAUAACAAUAUCAUACAGAAGCCGGAUGAAACUUCUACUAAAGUUGGAGAGAAUACAAAUUCCAAGCAAGGUAAAGCUCCCACAGUACAGAAGAAUCAAGGUGAAAAUGGAGAAAAAAGACCUUCGUCUCGCUAUAGAGGAGUGAGAGAGCGGCCAUGGGGGAAAUUUGCAUCGGAAAUACGAGAUCCCUCUAAGCAGGGCGCAAGGGUUUGGCUGGGCACCUUCAAAACAGCUGAAGAUGCCGCCCUCGCUUAUGACCGUGCUGCCUUCAGGAUCCGAGGAUCCAGAGCUGUGCUCAACUUUCCCCUCCAUGAGGCCAACUAUAAGGUUGGUUCAGCACAGAUUCAAACUGAUUUGGCCCUUGGGCAUAUGGAGAGCACUGGAAGCUCCAGAAAAAGAGGGAGGGAAGAGACGGACACAGUGGAGACGAUGGAGAAGCUGCUUUUUCCUUCAACUCUUAAUGUCCCACAACAUGCAAUUAGGAUGUUUGAACAAUAAUACUGGUAGCAUCGUUAAGGGUUUUCUUUUUCUUUUCUUUUUUGAGAAGUUUAGUUUGCAAAUAAGAAAUAUGUUUUGUGUUACCCAUAAAUUUAUGGAAGCAGAAUCAUUUCAAUGUUUUAUAGCUGCAACUCACAACCAUCUUUGUAGAAUUCUUGUUAUAGAUGGGUGUAGAGCAAUGUUUAAUAGCUGUAGCUCACAAUCAUUUUUGGAGAAAUCUGGUUAUAGAUGGGAGAACAUGCUCUAUGUAACAUUGAAAAGAGGAAUGUAAAUACAAUCA